AUGAUGGAUAAUAGUUAUGACUAUUGGUUUUCAAAAUAUGAUUCAGAAUCCUUUGAAAAAGAUUUCGUAAAAGUUCCAUACAAUGAAUUCCUAAAUCAAUUGGUAUAUUAAUGAAUCAUCUUUGUUUAGAUUGUUAAUCCAGAUUUCAAUCUUUUACCAAAUGAACCUAAAUUGUCAUUGGAUAAUGGUCAUAAAGCAUUGUAGUAAACUUUGUAAACAAAUCAUUAAAUAAUUUCAACAUUCUUUUUACCUAUGUUAGAUAACUCAAGAGAGAACUUUCUAAGAUGGGUGAAAAGUGUGAUUGCAUUUAUUGAUUGUGAAAAGAUGUAUUCAAUCAUGUUUUGGAAUUUGAGUAACAUACCUAACUUCCUUGAAUAUCGAUUAUAUGCAAGCUUUAUUAGACUCUACAAAUUUUUAAUUAGUUUGAACUAAAAUGUGAUCCAGACCAAAUCUCUUACAACUGAAUAGAUUAGAUUAUCAAAUAAUGUCACUAUCAAAACUCUGGCAGAAAGAUAUAAAGAUGCCUUAUAUGUAAGUUUGGAUGAAUUGAUUAAAUUGUAAAGAUAAAUGCUUAAAGUCUUAAAACCACUUGUAAGUUAAAAACCUACACUAUUAGGUAAAAUUUACUAUUUCAUCUAUCAUAUGUAUGAUAAACCUAUUAUAUAAUUACGAAAAGACCUUGAUUUACAAUUUGGUUAAUUAGAAUAUUAAUGGGUUAAGAAAAUACUUGCAGAAAAUUAAUUAGCCAUCAAAUACAUUGAUGCUUAUUUAAAUGAUGAUAAAUAAACAUAUUCCAAUAAAGAUUAAUUUUUAUUUGAAGAUUCUCAAAUCAUUAAAUAACUAUUAACAUCUAAUAAAUAAGAAAAUCUAUAUAAGGUUGAUCCUCAAGAUAAAGCUUUAUUAGAAAAUUCUAAGAAAAUUUAAUUUCUCAAUAAUUUAGAUAACAAAUGCAAAAGAAGAAAUCAUGAUGAAAAACCUUCUGUCUUUGUUUAAAAUUAUAGUUUUGUUUCUGAAUCUAUGAAAUCUUCAGGAGAAAAUAAAUCUAAAACUUAUGUUAAUGAUGAAGCACCUAAACAAUAAAAAUAAAAUUCUACUCAAUCUACUCUAACAACAGAAUAAUCUAUGUUUGUUCAUUAUUCAACUAACAAUCCAAAUCAUAUGCAUAAUUCAGUCUUAGGAUUUUUAGCAAAUGAUUUUAUUCAUAUAGAAAAAUAACAUCAAUAAGAAUUAAAAACCAAUUCAUUACCCAAAAGAAUUUAACAUGAUGAUUCUAUUAAAUUAAAUGAUGAUUUAGUUGAAUUUAUAUCUAAAGCUGAUUCUUAAAUUGUUGCAAUAAAAGAUGAAGAUAUUACACUUGAAGAUAAUUAUAGAAGAAAAAGAUAUAGAAUUAAAAUCAAUAAAAAAAUGGAAGAAAAUGAAUCACCUGAUAUUUAUAGAAAAUAAACAAUGAAUAGUCUCAAUUAAUAAGAAAAUAAUGAAGAAGAAUUAAGAAAAGUUAGAGCCAGAAGACUUUUAGAAGAAUAAAAUUAAUUUUUUUAUGAAAAACUUAGAUAUGCUGGAAAUUAAGAUAAUGAAUUACCUACUGUUAAAGAUAAAGAUCUAUUUAGUAAUUAUAUCAUAUUAAUUUAAUAGGAUAUUCUUUUGAAGAUUCAAUGAGUGAAGAUUAGGAAUCUGAUGAAGAAAUUAAAAAUAAAUAAGAAUAAUUUAAAUAGAAUAAAGUAAUUGUACCUAAAAAUUAUUCAUAAAAUACUUAAGGAAUAAUAUUUGAAAAAUUUAGACAAUAUUCUGGAGACUCCAUAAAAGUAGGAAACAAUAAAAAAAAAUAUUUUUUGAAUCGAUUAUUUCAUAUGGAUGAAAAUUCACUCAGAAUAUCAGGAAAAUCUUUAGCUUUAGAUUUUGAAGAAAGAAAAUGGUAAAUAUGUAUCAUUAAAAAUUAAGGGAAUUAUUAAAAUAAGCUGUAUUAUCAAAAAUGUUUAUGAAAGAAGAAAACUAUGCUUUAGAUUUUGAUGAACCUACAACCUUAGUCAUUAAUAGAGAAUAUAAUUAUAAAUAGAAAUUAAAAAACAAUUAUGAUAAAUACUAAAACUUUUGA